UCAGAUUGAUAAUAUUUAUGCACUCCCUGAAAUCGAAGUCGACGAAAACCACUUCAUACCCGACAACAGACAGAUGGAAAACAGACGGUACACAUAUCACGGCCGGAUACCAAAAUGUGAUGUUACGUGCACUUUCCGUGCAUUAAAUAAUAAAGAAUUAGAUGAUAUUUCUAUCCAUUUCCUCCACAUCCUCUUCCACAUGUACGAGAGGACAUUACAAAAGCUGCAGAUCUCCAGGAAAGCCGAACAAAUUGAAGUAAACGAAAACGACUUCCUUAUUCUCAAGAUAUGAGGCAGGUGGUUGAGGUGAAUACCAGCGCGUUCACUUGCCAGGAGAGUACCAAAUUGUGACGGUAUGUGCACUUUCCGUUCAUCCACGUUUGAAGGAUUGGACGAAAGUUCAAUCAAUUUCCUCCUCAUGCUCUUUCACAUGGAUGGACGGAUACUACAGAAGAUAGACGCCGGUGUUCCAGUCAGCCAGAACAGGAGUAUGAACCCCCGACGGGGACCUACACAGGGUCCAUUCUGGACGGCGGAAAGGAAUGGCUUCCAAAUCAGGCGUAAGUAAAGACAGGUAUAUGCAGUUCUGUACAGUUUGUAGUAAAGGUUUUAAAGACCGGUAUGCCCUGAAGAUUCACUUCAGGAUACAUACCGGUGAGAAAUCUUUUGUCUGUAAUAUUUGCGGAUGUGGAUUUACACAGAAAGCUCACCAUUCUGAAGAAAUGAAGCAGGUGACUCAGGAAAAUAACUGCGUGUACACAUGCUUCCCGUGUGACGGUGCUUUCCGAGCAUUACUGAUUGAUAGGUUGGACGUCAUUUCAGUCCAUUUCCUCCACAUCCUCUUCCACAUGGAGGAGAGGAUAUUGACGAAGAUAGAUGCUGGACUUGGAGGAAACGAAAACAGGCAUAUUAAACCCCCGACGGAGACCCAACCCAGGAUGCACACUGGACGGCAUAAAGGACUUUCAAGGACUCUUCAACGUCGAGAGUCAACAAGGAAAGGCAUCUGCAUUUCUUUGCAAUCUGUCGCAAAGGUUUUGAAGACCGGUAUGCUCUGAAGGUUCACUUCCGGAUGCAUACCGGCGAAAAACCUUUUGUCUGCAAUAUUU